AUGAUCAGGGGUGAGGAUAGGAUCACUCAGUUACCGGAUUUUGUUCUUGGUCACAUACUUUCCUUUCUUCCAUCAACCAAAAGUGUUGUCAGAACGAGCAUUCUGUCUAAAAGGUGGAAGAACAUAUGGACCUCUGUUCCCAACCUAUACUUCCGUGAUGAAGAGUUCGACCGUGAUGAUGAUUUCAUAGCUUUCGUUGAUCGUGUGCUUUCUAGUCGUGAUCCAUCAUCCACCAUUCAAAAGUUCCACCUUCAUUUCAAUCAUUGUGCUCCUGAGGAUUUCUAUCGCGUCGAGAAUUGGAUUAGCACUGCAGCAAGGUGUAACGUAGUGGAACUAGUUCUUUCUGUCCGUUCAAGUGGAAACAUGAUGUUUCUGUUGCCUGAAAGCCUUAUGACUUGUAAAUCACUUGAGGUUUUAAGGCUAAUGUCAGUGUUUGUCAUGGAUAAUGGGGAUGCAUUAGGAUGUUUCCCAAGUCUGAAGCGCUUCCAUUGCCACUUUGGAGCUGAAAACUAUGGCGGUCUAUACAGCACGACGGGAUGUUUUCAUUUCUAUGCGCUUGAACAUUUUACUAUAUAUGGAGAUCCUGGAACACAUUUCUUCGAAGAUCUCAGCAUCUCUGCGCCUCAAUUGAAGACGAUAAGCUUAGAGUUUCCCUGUUCACCAUAUGAUAUGCAUAAGUAUUACAAUAUUGAGAUUGAUGCCGAGGCCCUUGAAAAGCUUGAGAUCAAGGAGGAUUCUCUGUCAAAUUUUAAUUUGAACAACACACAAUCGCUUGUCGAAGCCGAUAUCACAAUUGGUUUUCAUCCCAGUGAAGAUGAUGUGGAAGAGGAGGACGAUGUUAGGCAGGCUAAUGAGUUCCUGACUGCAAUUUCUAUGGUUAAAUAUCUCUCUCUUUCAUGGAGCUUCUAUGAGGCUUGCUCUGUGCCUGCUUUUGAUAAUUUGAUCAAACUAAGGCUGGUUCAUUUUGGCUGCUCUCACUGGUGGAGAAAUCUAAUGAAGUUGCUUGAGAAAUCACCUCAUUUAGAAUGUCUUGUCAUAGACGACGGUGUUUAUCCAACCCGAAAACGUUACAAGGUGAUUGAACUUCUUGAGAAAGAAGAUGAGGUGAUUGAUACUACAAAGCAAACAAAAGUGCUCAACUGGAUUCCACCAAAAUCUGUUCCCAACUGUCUGGUGUCUCACUUGAAGACCAUUUCCAUAAGGGGAUUUAGAGGAAAACGUUGCAUUGGAUAUCAGGAUGAGAUGGAAGUGACCAAGUAUCUGCUAAAACACGGUCGAGUUCUGGAGAAGAUGACUAUUUAUACUUCUGGUAGAUUUCCAAAAAAAGAUAUCUUCAAAGAAACUUCUAUGAUUAAAUGGGGUUCUGAAGCUGUUCAAGUUGAAAUUAUCAAGAAGGUGCUUUAUGAGGAUUAG